AUGAGAAAUUUUUUCACAUUAUUUUUUGCGGCUAUAUUUUCGCUUGGAGCACUCAUAUUGGCCAUCAUUGCAUGUGCAGGUUCAACAAAGAACUACAGUCCUAUAAAUAAAAUCUACUGUGCAGAAUUGGAUCUGUCACAGAUGAAGGUAUCGAAGGUCUUCCCUUCUUUAACUUCUGUUACACUGUCCUCGUUGGGUUUGCCGGCCUACAUUAAUAUAGGGCUUUGGUCAUACUGCAUAGAGGAUUCGUCGCGUAAUAUUCAAUCGUGUUCGUCACCAAACGGAAUUCAAAAAUUCAACCUAACGUCAUUAGUGUAUGACAAUAUCGAAAAAAACGAGGCUUUGGAGCUGAUAGAUUCCGUGGCAGAUAUUGUCUUGCCAGAAAAACUCAGGAGUAAGAUGACAUACUACAACAAUUUAGUCAAAUGUAUGUUCAUCACCAUCCUAAUUGGUAUCGUGUUGACUUUUGUCAAUCUAGCCUUCAAUAUUCUGCGCUGCGUUCUCCAUAUCAGACCGUUAGCGUGGGGCGGCGCCUUUUUUUCAUUCUUUGCUUUCGUUGCGCUAUUGGUGAGUAUAGGUUCAUGUUUGGGCACUUACUCAUACAUCAAGUACAUCUUGAAGCACAACUAUGAUGACUAUGGUAUUUCAAUGAGCAUUGGUAGAAUUUACCAAGGUCUGAUGUGGGGAGCUGUUGUUGGGGCCUUACUAAAUUUCAUUCUAUGGUGCAGUGUCAGGUCGAGGCCGACUGUCGUACACGCAAACGCACCAAUUGAGGAGAAACCAUUAAUAUGA